AUGGCCAUGCUGUGGGCUCUCCUGUGCUUGGCAUUCUUUGGCUCUUCCUAUGGCUGUGGGAUCCCAGCCAUUACACCGGCUCUGAACUUCAAUCAGAAGAUUGUCAAUGGAGAGAAUGCUGUGUCAGGCUCCUGGCCCUGGCAGGUGUCCCUGCAGCAGCAAAAUGGUUUUCACUUCUGUGGAGGUUCCCUCAUCAACCAAAACUGGGUAGUCACAGCUGCCCACUGCAAUGUGAGCCCAAACCACCUGGUUGUCCUUGGAGAACACGACCGAUCGUCCAGUGCAGAACCUGUUCAGGUCAGGACUAUCUCCAAGAUCAUCACCUAUCCUGGCUGGAAUUCCAAUACCAUGAAUAAUGAUCUCACUCUGCUGAAGCUGUCCUCACCUGUCCAAUUCACCAACCGCAUCUCCCCCGUCUGUCUGAACACAAACAGCAACCUCCCUCAGGGUCUCACUUGUGUCACCACAGGCUGGGGCCGCACCAGCGGUGUAGCCAACAUCACCCCGGCCCGGCUGCAGCAGGUGGUCCUGCCCCUGGUGACAGUGAAUCAGUGCCAGCAGUACUGGGGCAGCCGGAUCACGGAUGCCAUGAUCUGUGCUGGAGGCUCUGGAGCUUCCUCCUGCCAGGGUGAUUCUGGAGGACCCCUUGUGUGCCGACAAAGCAGCCUGCAGAAUGCACCCUGGGUUCAAGUCGGUGUUGUCUCUUGGGGAACAAGCAACUGUAAUGUCCAGGCACCAGCCAUGUACACACGCAUCAGUAAAUUUAUUUCUUGGAUCAAUCAAAUUGUGGCUAGCUACUAAGGAGCUUGGAAAAGAGGCUUUGGGGAUACCCCACACAAACCCUAUUGCUCUUCUUCCCUAUUCCCUGAAGCCCAAUAAAUUCCCUUUCUUCUCUCAAGUCUGGGUUAUCUAUUCUCCACAGGCUCUUCCUUUGUUCUAGCCUUGGAUGACGAGGUAUCAGGUGAAGCUGCUUUGAGGAGGGGGCUGCCCUCAGAACAAGUUAGGGGUUCUGUUCCUGGAUCUCCACACGAUCCCUGAAUGCUAUUAAUAUUGGAAUUCAAUUCCCACCCACUCUGGGGCACUUGCAAGGUUUUCUGCUUUACCUGGCACUGGCCAAGACCUACUAGGAUUUGGGACUUGGC